CCUUUUCAGUCAUUCUUUUUAACCACAGCCUCGAUCACACAGCCUAUCCACUUUAACAGAAAGAGAAAUACACACAAGAGUGAAUGAAUUUCAAUGACACCCGAUAUCUCCUCUACUUCCUCGCUUGCUUAGCCUACAGCUGCAGGUAGAGGUUUCGGGGGAAAUUUGCAAAGGUGCGCAAAGAGGGAGGGGGUACCUUUAACUGUAGCUCUCGACGCUGAAGUGUUGCUGUUGCACCUGAGAUGCGGGCCGGACAAACCAGCUAUACCUGUUGAAUGAAUUAGAUACAUGCAUGACUCGAAAGCGGUGAUAUGAAUCAUUGUAGGAAGUACUACGCUGCAUUCCUGAUGGUGAUAAGCAAGCCAUGGCGUCGACUACGACUGCUGUACAAAUGCCACCACAACCCAAUUCGAUCAUAGCAGCGGGGAAGGACAAAGUCAGCGAGGUAUCUCCUCCUCGAGCGAAGAUGCGGCUGCAAAAGAACCCGGCUAAGGUGCUCAAGAGCCCGGUCCUCCCGGCUCAAGAUGUCUCCUACUGGGAAGCGCCAGGGGAUUUAGGGGGACGGAGUCCCGCGGGGGUGGGCGCUGGAGCCCCCCGCUGCAGGAAAAGAGGAUACCGCCCUCCCGAUGUGAGAACCAUCUUUGAGCCGCCCGGGAAAGACCCCCAAGGGAAAGAAGAGAGAGGAGAGGGGCACAGCUUCUGUGAUGGCAUCGCCGGGGCUUGGUGUGACCACUGCUGCCGCUACAUCCUGCACAGCAGCCUCGUAUGUUCAGAUUGCAAGUACACUUGCCACCCCCAUUGCAGAGACCUGGUGACUUUGGACUGUCACCAGAAUGGCAAAUCAGUGGAUCCCCCCUCCUCGCUCGAUGUGGGAGAUCACAGCAACAACAAUUCCCACCCGCCGGAUGUGGAGAAAGAGCGGGAGCUGCGCACACACCUCAGCAAAGAAGAAAUCCGACAGAAGCUUGAGCUCUACAAUUCCUCGGUUACAGACCACCUGAAAAUGACCCUGAAUCCUGUUGGCUCCUACACAGGUUUCAUUAAAGUCCAGAUGGAGCUGCGGCGGCCCAUCACAGUGCGUGGCCCGGGGGGCUCAGCCCAGAGCAGCGAGGAUGCCUUCUAUCUGCCCAAGGGCUCCAUCAACACCCUACACAUCAGCAGCAGCAACACCGCGAGGGAGGUCAUCGAGGCGCUGCUCAGCAAGUUCAUGGUGGUGGACAACCCUGCCAAGUUUGCAUUGUACAAGCGCAUCUGCAGGGAAGACCAAGUGUAUGUGUGUAAGUUGUCGGACGGGGAGCACCCUCUGUAUCUGCGGUUGCUGGCGGGGCCCAACACAGACACGCUGAGCUUUGUCCUGCGCGAGCAGCAGACAGGAGAGUGGGACGCCUUUUCUGUUCCAGAGCUCCAGAACUUCGUGCGGAUUCUGGACAAAGAGGAAUCGGACCACUUGAGCUCCCUGAUGAGGCGCUAUGCCACCUACAGGAAGAAACUGGAGGAGGCACUGCAAGAACAGAGCAAGCCAGGCUAGGGGAGCCAAACAGCCCGGGGGCCACAAUGGCAUGCAUUUAGCAGGGCCUGCGUGUGACUGCAAGACUGCCUGCUUUAGAAAAAUCAAUGGAGUGCUUUUAUUUGGUGCACGGGCUACCAUGAGAACUGGAACUUCGGAUCCGAGCACAGGGUCGCAUUUAACAGCUGGCACACUUCAAAUAUUUAUUGACGGCUGCAAGCGUGUUGAUGUUACUCAUCAUCCAGCACUCUGCCUGCCUGCCUGCCUGCCUGCCUGUCUGGGCAUUUUUAAGUUACCUCUGUGAAUCUGAAAGUCACUUUUAUUUUAUGUUAUUUGUAUUUUAUUGUAUAUGAUAUUGUGAACUGUAAAAAAAUCUUGUUACUUUUAAUUUAUAAGGCAGGAGUGGAGAAAAGAAUGUAUAGGUAUUUUUUUUUUUUUUUUACUGGUUUAGCUAAGAAGAGUAUAAAAACUGUAUCACGAAGCAAGUUCACUGGACGCAUUGGGAACUAUGGGAUUUUCCAGUUGGAAUGAUGGUGUCAGAGAUGAGUGUCAGUGCGUUCCAGUAAGGGCAGUAUUGGAGAGAUGUUGAUAGGAAGGAUCAGAGAUGGGUAAGAGUGUGUGACGAGAUGAGGAGGAGGAAGAAUGUGUAAGAUGGGGAGUUGGGGGGUUGGAGCAGGUGAGGGGAGCUGGUCUGAGGGAAGCUGGUUAGGGAGAAGAAGGAAUGGAAAAAGUAAGGGUGAUCUGGGAUUAGGCAGUGAGCAAAGGCAAUGUGCCUGCUACUGCAAUUUGAAACAUUUGCUUUACUAUUUGUGAAAUCGGGUAGGUUAGAAACCAGUUCGCUCUGACACUUUCUCUCUACAGUAAGAUUAUUUUAAGUAAGGGUCUUAAACUCAGGAGUGAAACACGGCCUGACAGGCAGAGACCCAUUGGGCUGCACAGUAUAUAUGAUGAAGCCCGAUGAUUUUGAUUAACUAACAAGUCCAACUUCAUAUUUACAUUGAUGCACAAUCGCAGGAAGUUCCAUGCAGUCGAUUCUAAAAUCACAAUCCGUUGUGUUUUUUUUUUUUUUUUUUUUUUAUAGUGGAAAGCUUGAAGCCUUAAUCUCACUUGUACAAGCUGUGAACACAGGACUGUGAUCUCCAGCAGUUUGAACAGUUGUAAAUACUUGUUUUCAUCACAGACAUGCAUGUAUAUUCAUCACAGUUUUCACCUUAUUUCCUGCCUAGGAAGCACUGUUUCAAUUACAACCCCCUCCUUUAAACUCUGAAGCUGCUGAUCACAUGCAAGCCACUGUCUAUCUUGUCUUCAUAUUGCACAUCUUUCAAUUAGUACUGUAUGACGAGUUGCUGAUUGGUACUGAUUCACAAUGAAGCACUGGCACUGAUCCGCAGACAUGCUGUAGGAUGGAGACUUUUCUGUCAAGGGCUUGGUUUGUUACACCCCAAGGGUGACAUCUAGUGGGCAACUGCUUACUGCACAUUUACCAGUCAUUGAAUUUGUAUGUAUAAUAUGCCAGAGUUUGUUAACUUUGUUUGGGUGAUCAAAUUCUGUUUUUUGUUUUAUUUAUUUUGUUUUAACCAAAGACUUCUGAUACUUUUUAAAGAGCUUACCUGAUGUUUUGUUGAGUCAGUCAUUUAAAGGAUCGCUAACCAAGACUUCUACAAUCCAUUUUUACCUCUAUAUAACUGGCAGCAUGAUCACGGGCCCCCUUUAACUGGUUUGUUUUUACUUUUAUGCAAGAUAUGCACAAAACAAGAUUAGUGUAGCUUUCCGGAACUUCCUAUGUCGUAGGUCAGGUUUAAUCCAAUGGUCUGGCAGCAAUUGGACUAUGUGAUCUACACCACAGGACGUGAAAAAUCCACAUGGCCUGAAAAAAGCCUUUAAAGAACCAAAAUCCGAUUGGCAUUAUAUAAGGGGGCGGGGAUUUUGCCAAUACUAUCAAGAGGAAAGAAGGAGGAUUUUAAAGCUUUGAUUAGCCCUCGUCUCAUUUUAGGCACACUUUCACAGGCAUUUCUUAAGCCAUUUAUAUGACAAUCCUUUCUAUAUGAGGCAGAGUGCAGUGUGGGCAGCACCGUACACUCUGUGCAGCAACGCACACGCGCAGAUUUAAUGUGAAUACUGUAGCGCACGUGUGAGCUAUAUUUUUUUAAAACUUCAAUCAGCAAGGUAAUUUAGGGCACUUUACGACACCUUUUGAGGGAUCCACUUGUGUUUUGUUUAAUGCUGCGACCGCUAUAAAUGAUUGACGGCUUAAUCAAGUCAAUUUACGUAUUCCUGUUUUGUAGUUGUUUUUAGAAAAGUUAUUUAACCUAGCAAUGAUCAUGAUUUGAAUAUAACUUUUUUUUUUUUUUUUUUUUUA